AUAGCUGCGGAGCGCUUGACUGACUGGAUCUGGGCUCGAAGGGCUGGAGCAGACGCUCCAUGGACGCCGUAUAGAAACACACACCGCAUGCAAGGUUGACCAACGUUCUCCAGGAUGUCUGAGGCCUUCUGAAACAGGCUGCUGGGGUGUGUGGAGGAGCAGUAGGGGAAAGAGCGUGCACUAUGGGUGACGGAGGCCCCCUACAUACAGAGGGGAAUGCCCUCCUGAAGGCGGUCUUCCAGGGUAAGCUAAGGUUGGCUCGCCUGCUGCUUGAAGGGGGCGCCUACAUCAAUGAGGGAAAUGAGCGUGGGGAGACACCCAUAGUUGCAGCCUGCUUGGCAGGAUACGAGGACCCCCAGAACCGCCACAAAAUGGUGCGCUACCUCUUGGAGAAGGGUGCCGACCCCAACAUCCCCGACAAGUCUGGCCGGACGGCUUUAAUGCAUGCCUGUGCUGAACAGGCUGGUAAGGAGGUAGUAUCUUUGCUCCUGGAGUAUGGGGCUGAUCCGAGCCUCAAAGACUACUCGGGAUCCUCUGCUCUGGUCCACGCCAUCAACAAAGGGGACCGGGCGACCUUGCAGAUCCUGCUGGAUGCCUGUAAGGCCAAAGGAAAAGAAGUUAUUAUCAUCACUACUGAUACUUCCCCCUCGGGCACCAAAAAGACCAAGCAAUACCUCAACUCACCACCCUCUCCUGGAGUGGUUGACAAGCUCACCCCGGUGUCCUGUAUGUCACCCUCAGAGGUAGAGAUCCGUACCUCUGGCUCUCCAGGUAACGACCAUGAGGAGGAAGAAGGCAUUUUCACCUUUGCUGUUCAGCCUGCUUUACUUCUGCCUGGUGCUCGCCCCCCUGGGGAGAAGAAGGCUCCCCCUCGCAAGCUUCUUAAACGGUUGAACUCGGAGCCUUGGGGGCUGGUGGCCCCCUCAGUCUUAAGUGGGGCAGUCAAAGAUAUAGGAGAUGGAGAGCUAGAGGAGGAGGAGAAAGUCAUUACUGAAAUGAACGGCUUGUCCAUCUCGGGCCCUGGGAGGCCUCCUCUGUCUCGCAGACACAGUAUUGAAACACAUGACCCUUGUUCCCCAAAACUCAUUGACCGUUCAUGCUCAGAGGACUGUGCCACCCUCUCUACCUCCUCUUGGGCAGACAAGGUACAACAGCACCAGAUUCUUUACCGCAGGAACACCGCACCCGAAUCCCAGGAGACAGCAGUACCAGUGUCAGUUGCAAUUCGUGCUCUGGCUCAUCCAAAACUGACGCGAAUGGAGCACUAUGAGUCGGACACACACCUCUGCCCUGAGUCCAUCCCGGGCUCUCCAGAUUCUGGCCGUGUGUCGGUAGAGCGCCGCAAGUACAAUGCCUCACCGCUCUCUCUGCUCACCAGCUCCUCCCGGGAGUCCUUGGACAGCAUUCCCAACUCCGUGUCUCCCAUCACCAUGCGACGCCGGCCUCCAGGGCUUCUGGAGCGCAGAGGGUCUGGAACCCUUCUCCUAGACCACAUCUCCCACACCCGACCUGGAUUCCUCCCACCACUCAAUGUCAACCCUCAGAGGCCUAUCCCUGACAUUCGAGCUAAUGGUAAGCCCACUUCCCCAGUCCACUCAGGGCAUAAAAUCUUGGUGCCGGUGGCCCCAAGCUCUCCAAAGCGUGGCCCUGACUUCAAGCUUAAAAAGAAGCUAAUGAGGAGACACUCCAUGCAAACAGAGCAGAUGAAGCAGCUGUCCACUUUCCAGGAGAUCUUGGCGGAAAAGGUGAUAGAGUUUACUGGGGAUUGA